UGAUUUUUGGGACAGUGUGGUUUGGGUUUAGGAAAAGCGAGUUCUUCGCCGCCGCCGUAGCUGCUGUGUAGAGAGUCUUGCAGCGCGUUCGUCGCCGCCGCCGUAGCUGCUGUGUAGAGAGCCUUGCUGCGCGUACGCCGGCCGAUCGCCUCUUUUAACAUUUUUGCGUCAGACUUCUCACGCUGCGGACGUGUGUGGUGUGGAAUACGGAAACAAGGACUGUCGAAGAAGAAUUUGGAAGCAGAAAAGUGUGUCUAUCGAACAGUCUGCCGAGAUUAGCGUAAAAAGCAUAUGUGAAGAGCGAAGUAAAUUUAUAAAUACUCGGUGAAGAUUCGAUCAUUUGUAGAAAAUCCAGUGCAGUUCGUGGGUAGUGUAUUUGAAACGGAUCCGAUUUCGUCGGUGGUCUCGGGUGUCGCUGCCGGACACAAUGGACCUGCUGUGCACGGAAAGUAUCAAUAGUGUUAACGAGGCAGGUGGUGAUCCGUUUAACAGUAGUGGCAGCAACAACACCGCGACCCAGCAGACCCCGAUGGAAGUUCGCCUCAACACGGCGGUGAAGGAUCCUACAUUUUUGAACGAUCGUUGUUUGGAAAAUCUACUGAAAUCCGAGGAACGUCAUGCCCGGCACACCAGCUACUUCUCCACCGUACAGAAGGACAUCACACCGGACAUGCGCCGGGUUGUCGCAGAAUGGAUGAUCGAUGUAUGCGAAGAACAAAACUGCCAGGAAGAGGUCUGCCUGCUCGCACUCAGCUACAUGGAUCGGUUUCUCAGCCUGAUACCGAUCCGCAAGACACACCUACAGAUCCUGGCCACCGCCUGCCUGCUGCUGGCAUCUAAACUGCGCGAGCCCAACUACAAGGCACUGCCGGUGGAGCUGCUCGUAUUCUACACCGAUCACAGUAUCACCAAAAAGGAUCUUAUUCGCUGGGAAUUGCUGGUCCUGAGCCGGCUAAAGUGGGACGUCUCCACCGUGACGCCGCUGGACUUUCUGGAACUGCUGCUGUGUCGGCUACCGAUCGAGAACCGAAAGUGUCACGACAUUAGCAUAGAGAAGGUGCGGAAGCACGCCCAGGCCUUCAUCUCCCUAGCGGCGAGAGAACAUUAUUUUUCCAAUUACACUGCCAGCACGGUGGCAGCAUCCAGUAUUGCGGCCUCGCUCAGCGGACUCAAGUGGGAUCUACGCAGCGGCCAGUCGAUUAGCUAUCUAGUGAAUAGGUUUACCGAUCUAACCGGGAUCGAGCAGGAAUUCAUCUGUGAAUGCAUGGACAAAAUGGAAGCGUUGUUCCAGGAGCAGCGUCGCCGAUUACCCCAGUCGCACAUAACCUCGGCGACGGCCACCAUCGUGUCGCAGCACAUGCAGCCGUGCGUCAACCUCAAGUGCAGUGCCACAACGCCGACCGACGUCAUCGAGUUGUGAAGCCCAGCCCAGCCUUUAAUCAAACCUUUUUUUUCCAAAACAUUUUUCGUAAUAACCGAAGAGACUUUCGAUUAUUUAAGAAAACAGCCAAGAGAAAAAGCCACACACGGAUUCCUUGAGUCUCCCGUUCUCCUCUUUGGGCGGGAAAGGAAGCGGCGACCGUGUGCUCGAGAAGCGGCCAGAGCCAAGCCAGUGAAAAUCGCAUCCAUCGGUGUGAAGGAGGAAUGGACAAUUUUAGGUGCUAUAUAUUCGACAGUUAAAUUUAGGAACGUGUGACAGGACACACCAACAGGAUUUGGAGAAACAGCACGCACGGGACUCCACAAGCGGCGGAGCUACGCGAAGCAAGUGAGCGGGAAGAAGCGGCGAGGUUAGAUGCGGAUGGUGUCCGCUUGGCACUGGCUGGGCAACUGGAACCGGAACUGGUCAGAAGAUUUACACACCACCCAGAGAAGUUGUGGAACUCUUGCCGAGCAAAACAUUACACAAAACGCAUGUGUAUGAGCGAGCAGGUGAGGAGUUCGGUGAACAAAAACGGCAGAGUUUAACGAAAUCAGACUUAUAUACAUAGCAUAGAUAGAGUGAGUUUAAGAGUGAUUCUAUGAAAGGUUGGUAGUGCGGUUAGGAGUGAAUGUGAAUGCAACAACACUGUCGUAGAAACAACAAUAUUAUUGAUAAGGUUGAAAAUGUUAAUUUUUUGGUAAGGAUUUGUGUACAUAUAUUAUUAUACUAAAAAAAAAAGAUUGAAAAGAAACAGUCAUUGAAGCCGCGGAGGGCUGACGCUGAACAUAAGUUGGUUAUUCGAGUGAUAAAAUUAUUCAACAAUUCUGAAGAUUUCCAAGAGACUUUUUAGAUCAGUGUGGUGGCAGGAAGUUGAGUUUAAAAAUAAAAAGAA